GGUUUAUCCAUCUUCCAAACCAACUUCGCUGGAACAGUCCACACGGGCGUCUUCUGCACCAAAACUGUCAUCUCUAGAGGGACACGGUAUGGACCUUUCAAGGGCAAGGUCGUUCACACGAGCGAGACGAAAACACGAGAUGAUAACACAUGCAUGUGGGAGGUAAGGAGAUCAAGAACGACAAUACAAACGAUUGUAUCGAGAGGGUUGCUAAAAAUAGUUAUUUAAUGGAUAAGGAUAAAUUAAUGUGACAUGGACAAAACUAAUAACUUUAUUGGACAUUAUGGUGCGAUUCUAAGAGAGGUUGAACUUUAUUACAGCAUGGCUUAAAGAAAGAUAUAGAUUGACAAAUAGAAUGUGAUUGCGUGAACUAAUUUUUUCUAAAUUUUGGCCAAACCGGUAUAUAAAUUCAAAAGCGGAAAUGGUCCCCUCUAGCUCUGAUUUUAUAAAUGUUUAUGUCUUGGAUAUAAUCUGGCAGUUAAUCAAUCUUUACGAAUGUCCAGAUUUUUCAAGAUGGCAAAUUGAGUCACUUUAUUGAUGGGAGAGUUCAAUCUGGCAGCUGGAUGUCCUAUGUCAACUGUGCCAGAUACGCACAAGAACAGAACCUGAUAGCCGUACAGGUAAUUGAGCUAACAAUUUGUUUUAUAGCACAGUUAGCACACACACAAACACACAAAAAAGGCGAUGCCAGCAAGUUCAGAGGUCAAAGGCAAACAUUUUUCCUUCUAUUUUAUAUUACUAACUUUAUUAAUCCAAAUGUCUCAGUGUUUAUAACUAUGGCUUAACCAGGUGCAAUUUUUUUUUUACACCGGGUUUCGGGGGUAUUUUGAGAAAAUGUCCUGUGGGUCCUAGGAAAAUGUCCUGUGGGUCCUAGGAAAAUGUCCUGUGGGUCCAAGGAAAACAUAGUUUACUUCUCACUUUCUUCAAAAUCCAACGGAAUCUUUUACCCGCGUUUAGACGUCACGCAUGACGGUCGACCUCACGCAACCCCCCCCCCCAUUACUAUUAAUAUAAAACAUGUGGAGUUUUAGGGGAGGGGGGCGGUUUUGAAGAGGCAGCAUGGGAAGAUCCUGAAGCAAAAUAGGUAUCAGAGAUUCUCACUACGAUAAAGGGUCCAAGGAAAACAUAGUUUUCUUCUCACUUUCUUCAAAAUCCAACGGAAUUUUUUACCCCCGGUUAGACGUCCCGCAUGACGGGCGACCCCACGCAACCCCCCCCCCCCCAUUACUAUUAAUAUAAAACAUGUGGAGUUUUAGGGGAGGGGGGCGGUUUUGAAGAGGCAGCAUGGGAAGAUCCUGAAGCAAAAUAGGUAUCAGAGAUUCUCACUACGAUAAAAAUAAACCAUAGUGAAAGGGAAUAUGUUGUUUCUAAUGAGCUAACACGUAUAGUACUGUCUUACGAGCUAACAUGUAUAUAGUACUGUCCCAUGAGCUAACACGUAUAGUACUGUCCCAUGAGCUAACACGUAUAGUACUGUCCCAUGAGCUAAAAUUCAAGUUUUGGCAAAUCCUACAAAUCUUGUUCCCCCACCUGUCCAGAUCGAGGGGGAAAUUUUCUACGAAACCUGCAAAGACAUCCCUCAGGGGACAGAACUUCUCGUCUGGUACGGCGACUGCUACUUACAGUUCAUGGGCGUACCCGUGGCCUUGAAGGAGAUGGCUGAUGGGGGUGCACAGGAAGAGGCAGACAGUGAGUCGUUUUCAUUACAAUUUUUAUAAUGAUUAUUGACAAAUUUUAAGAUUAGGUUAUGGGCGUUAAAUAAAGUAAAAUAAUAGAACAUUUAUACAUAUAUAUAUAUAUAUAUAUAUAUAUAUAUUCUUAAACGGUUCUAAAUUAGUUUUUCUUCAGAAACAAAGCCGUUUCAUCAUGCGGCAUUGUGUUCUUUUUCCCCCAUUCCGUAGCUUUUAUACGUUUGGCCCAAGCCCAUCUACUAUAUAACGCUCAGUGUGACGGCAUUUCCACUAUUUCCUAAGUUAUCCUAAAGAAAAAAAAAAAAAUUCGAUCAAGUUCUAUAGUGUUCCAAGCAGAAAUAAAGAUUAUGAAAAUAUCAAUGGGUAAAAGUUUAUGGAAAGUUAAGUCUAGUUUGAUAGAUUUCUAAACUCUUCUGGGAAUUUCCUCUAUAUCAGUGAGUGUACCAUUUUGAAACGUUUUGAAAAGUUUUCACCCUAUUCAAGAACGUUCGAUUUCUGUAGUGUGUUUUAAGAUUAUACACAUGUCCUUAUUAUGUUGUUAUUAUAUUUCUAUGAUUAUCCAUGAUUGUCUGUGAUUGUCCGUGAAUGUCUGUGAAUGUCUGUGACAGUGUGUGAUUGUCUAUAAUUGUCCUCAAAUGCUAUGAAAUCAGAUUUAAAGACAUUUCUGAAUUUUCUAGAAAGUUCCACAUAACUGUCGGAGGUCCUACAGUGUAUUAAGCUAAUUAUUUCUUUGGUGUUUUUCAGCCGAUUUUAAUGCACAAAUUUUCAAAAUAAAGUUUGUCCGUUAUCCAACCUAAAAUACUCACUGAUCCAAACUAUUGAAGGUUAAAGGUUAAGUUAAUUUUGGCUGCGGUGUCCCCAUAGUGAACCUUUAGAAGGCAACAUCUUUGGAGGACUCUCUCCAAUUUUAAUGGGAUCAAUGUCAAUAUUUAACUUGAAUAUUUCUCUGAAGGAUGUUUCUAGUGCUCCUACCUUACGUAUAACUACAAUGCCCCCCCCCCCCUUUGGAAUGGGGUACCGAAACGGCACAGCUCUGGCUUUGAUGAAUGCCCUUCUCAUUUUAUUUAGCCAUGUUUCAGAAGUUAGAUUUGUCUGUAAAUCUUGGUCUUUGGGGUGCGUGCCGAACUUGAAUAUCAACUGCAACGGGAGGGGCCCCCCAACUUUAAUGUUUACAAGAGUUAUUAUACAUUUGACUUUUUAUAGGAGAGCAUGUAAAGUUUCAAUUGGCACCUUAGCGAAGUGUUUUUGACAGAGCCCUACAUUUACGAUUGGCUGAUGUCGCUUUGGAAGAUGUUUUUUUUUCCAGAAUAGAAAUCUGAGCAAAGCCAGCCAAUAAGCUAAAGUUAUAUGUAAAUAAUAGCACGUAUAUUAUUAUAAAAUGACGUCAUUAAAAUAGCAGAAAUCGAAAGUCAGCAUCAUUAAAUUGAUUUUAAGGGCAAUAAUAUCAUAUGCAUACCAAGGGAGGUGAUUGAAAAUUGAUUUUUUAAAUAAUUGUUUUUUUGCAAAUAUUUUUUGUUGUUGUUUCCCAAGCCUUAACAUAGUUAGUUAUGGAAAUGUUGCUGUUGAGGCUAGCACUUUAUAGUCGAUUAGCCGCGUAGGAUCAUCGUUCAAUCGAUCCAAUCAAUUGUUUACAAACAUGUCUACCUCUCCCAUCAUCCGACACUCUGUUCAGCUAGUGAGGGGUUCAGCUGCGAGAGGUGUGGCAAGGUGUUCGCCUACAAAUAUUACAGGGACAAGCACCUCAAGUACACCAGGUGCGUGGACCAGGGGGACCGGAAGUACCCAUGCCAUUUGUGUUCCAGGUGAGUCCCAAGAAAUAGGUUAAGCGAUCACAACUAUAUACCAAUGGGAUUCAAUGUGUUUUGGUCAUUUAUUGUGAGAUGCCCAUAGCAGGGAGUCCUUUGUUGCUUGCAAUGUGGCAACAUAGGUAGACGCGAAAAUACUUGCGAUUAUAACAAUCAUAAUUGUGGAGUUUGACUCUUCAGUACAUCCGACUCUCGAAAUGACAAAAUGUCAUUUAAACAGUCCAAUGUGUGAUAGCAAGAAUUAUUUAAGUAAAAUACAUGCAUAAUACAUUAUUGCCAAAAGACUUCACAAAGAUAAGGAAAUCCUACCAUAAGACAAUCUGACAUACAUUCUGACCAUAAGUCGACAAUCAAGCUUACAUUCUGACCAAAAGGCUUCUCUGUCAUAAGGGAAACCAACCAAAAGACAAUCUGACAUACAUUCUGACCAUCAGACAAUCUGACUUACAUUCUGACCAUCAGAAAAUCUGACAUUCAUUCUGACCAUCAGACAAUUUGACAUACUUUCUGACCAUAAGACAAUCUGACAUACAUUCUGGCCAUAACACAAUCUCACAUACAUUCUGGCCAUAACACAAUCUGACAUACAUUCUGGCCAUAACACAACCUGACAUACAUUCUGACCAUAACACAAUCUGGCAUACAUUCUGGCCAUAAGAAAAUUUGAUUCAAUUCAUUUAACUGGGACUCUGUAACAGUUAUAGUGACAUCAUGAUGUGUUUAUAGUUACGUCCUUACAUGCUUAUUGUUACGUCAUAAGAUGUCCUCUCACGUCACAGGUCCUUCGAAAAGAGAGAUCGACUCCGGAUUCACAUACUCCACGUCCACGAGAAACACCGACCCCACAAAUGUUUAGUGUGUGCCAAAAGUUUCAGUCAGUCGUCGAGUCUGAACAAACACAUGAGGGUAAACAAAACAUUCUUGAGUCUUAAAAUAAAUCAUGUCUUUGUUGACCCAACACGCACAGCAACAGUUGACCGAAUACAUGAGUCAACAGUUGACCAAAUACACGAGUCAACAGUUGACCGAAUGCAUGACUCAACAGUUGACCGAAUACAUGAGUCAAUAGUUGACCAAAUACAUGAGUCAAUAGUUGAACAAAUACAUGAGUCUAUAGUUGACCGAAUACAUGAGUCAAUAGUUGACCAAAUACAUUAGUCAAUAGUUGACCGAAUACAUGAGUCAAUAGUUGAUCAAAUACAUGAGUCAAUAGUUGACCAAAUACAUGAGUCAAUAGUUGACCAAAUACAUGAGUCAAUAGUUGACCAAAUACAUGAGUCAAUAGUUGACCAAAUACAUGAGUCAACAGUUGACCAAAUACAUGAGUCAAUAGUUGAACAAAUACAUGAGUCAAUAGUUGAACAAAUGCAUGAGUCAACAGUUGACCAAAUACAUGAGUCAACAGUUGACCGAAUACAUGAGUCAAUAGUUGACCAAAUACAUGAGUCAAUAGUUGACCAAAUACAUGAGUCAACAGUUGACCAAAUACAUGAGUCAACAGUUGAACAAAUACAAGAGUCAAUAGUUGACCAAAUACAUGAGUCAACAGUUGACCAAAUACAUGAGUCAACAGUUGAACAAAUAAAUGAGUCAAUAGUUGACCAAAUACAUGAGUCAACAGUUGACCAAAUACAUGAGUAAACAGUUGACCAAAUACAUGAGUCAACAGUUGACCGAAUACAUGAGUAAAUAGUUGACCAAAUACAUGAGUCAAUAGUUGACCAAAUACAUGAGUCAACAGUUGACCAAAUACAUGAGUCAACAUUUGAACAAAUACAUGAGUCAAUAGUUGACCAAAUACAUGAGUCAACAGUUGACCAAAUACACGAGUCAACAGUUGAACAAAUAAAUGUGUCAAUAGUUGACCAAAUACAUGAGUCAACAGUUGACCAAAUACAUGAGUCAACAGUUGAACAAAUACAUGAGUCAACAGUUGAACAAAUACAUGAGUCAAUAGUUGACCAAAUACAUGAGUCAACAUUUGACCAAAUACAUGAGUCAACAGUUGAACAAAUACAUGAGUCAACAGUUGACCAAAUACAUGAGUCAACAGUUGACCAAAUACAUGAGUCAACAGUUGACCAAAUACAUGAGUCAACAGUUGACCAAAUACAUGAGUCAACUGUUGAACAAAUAAAUGAGUCAAUAGUUGACCGAAUACAUAAGUCAACAGUUUCUAGGUUUUAAGAGUUUAAGAGUUAAAAAAUAAAUAAUACAGCUGGGCUCUUUCACUUUGAAUACCCGCGGAUCCACCAACCACUGUUUGAGAACCGCAGCCUUUAAAAUUUCAAGAUUGAGAAUGGAACAGAUUGAGAAGCUUCCAACAUUAUAAGAUUUGCUAUAGAUAUUCGAUGUACAUGAAAUUAACAUAAGACUUUAAAUUCUUACAUUAAAUUAACAUAAGACUUCUUACAUUAAAUUAACAUAAGACUUUAAAUUCUUACAUUAAAUUAAAAUAAGACUUUAUAUUCUUACAUUAAAUUAACAUAAGACUUCUUACAUUAAAUUAACAUAAGACUUCUUACAUUAAAUUAACAUAAGACUUUAAAUUCUUACAUUAAAUUAACAUAAGACUUCUUACAUUAAAUUAACAUAAGACUACUUAUACAUUAACAUAAGACUACUUAAAUUAAAUUAACAUAAGACUACUUACAUUUAAUUAACAUAAUACCACUUACAUUCAAUUAACAUAAGACUUCUUGCAUUAAAUUAGCAUAAGAAUACUUAUAAAUUAACAUAAGACUACUUACAUUUAAUUAACAUAAGACUUCUAACAUUAAAUUAACAUAAGACUUCCUGCAAAGAAUUAGCAUAAGACUACUUAUAAAUUUAACAUUAGACUAUUUACAUUAAAUUAACAUAAGAUUUCUUACAUAAAUUGACAUACGACUACUUAUAAAUUAACAUAAGACUACUUACAUUAAAUUAACAUAAGACUUCUUACAUUAAAUUAACAUAAGACUUCUUACAUUAAAUUAACAUAAAUAUUCUUACAUUAAAUUGACAUAAGACUACUUAUACAUUCACAUAAGACUACUUACAUUAAAUUAACAUAAUACUACUUAUAAAUUAACAUAGAUACUUACUUAGAUUAAAUUAACAAAAGACUUCUUACAUUAAUUUAACAUAAGACUUUAAAUUCUUACAUUAAAUUAACAUAAGACUUCUUACAUUAAAUUAACAUAAGACUUUAAAUUCUUACAUUAAAUUAACAUAAGACUUUAAAUUCUUACAUUAAAUUAACAUAAGACUUUGCACAUUUAAUUAACAUAAGACUUUAAAUUCUUACAUUAAAUUAACAUAAGACUUCUUACAUUAAAUUAACAUAAGACUUUAAAUUCUUACAUUAAAUUAACAUAAGACUUUGUACAUUUAAUUAACAUAAGACUUUAAAUUCUUACAUUAAAUUAACAUAAGACUUCUUACAUUAAAUUAACUUAAGACCACUUAUAAAUUAACACAAGGCUACGUAUAUUAUAUUAUCAUAUGACUUACUACAUGAAAUUAACAUAAGAUUUUGAUUUCCUCUGAACCGUAAUACUAAUUAAAUGACUUUAUAAUUUUGUAAUUUUAAUCUUAAUCAUACCAGUUGAUGCCAUCUUGGCUGUUUACUUAAGACGAUUCUAAUAGCUUGACCCCGCCAACAUUUAUAAUUUACUAAUCAGGCUAUAAAGUUCAACUGACUUCAACAACAUGAUAAUAUUGUGAUAUAGACGUAUAAACUAUACCGCGAGAUGGUGCAUAUUUUAAAAUGUUAAAACUUUUUGUGUGUAAAUAUUGUUCGGCUUAUUUGGCAACAUGCUCUUUGACUCACACUUGACUGCUUCUAUCUGGCCACAGGUCCACAGUGGAGAGCGGCCAUACAAGUGUGUCUAUUGCAACAAAGCAUUUACUGCAUCCAGCAUCCUGAGGACUCACAUCAGACAACAUUCAGGAGAGAAACCUUUCAAGGUAGAGGAGAGGACUUCCAUUUUGAAACGAAAGCAAUUAUAAAUGAAUCGUAAAAAUUAGUUGGAAUUUUGUUGGUGGAGUUGGAUAAGGUGGAGACUGUGGAUUGUGAUAAGGUGGAGACUGUGGAUUGGGAUAAAGUAGAGACUGUGGAUUGUGAUAAGGUGGAGACUGUGGAUUAUGAUAAGGUGGAGACUGGGAAUACGGCCGUUUAAAAAAUUUAAAUUGACAUUUUUUUUUAAUGAGGGUAAAAUCUUGAAUACAGACAAUAAUUCUCAAAAGUUAUGGAGCUGAAAUGGGGGACAGACUAGCAGCACUUUUAGUCUGUCAAAGUUGUUCGAAUCUUUGAUUCACACAUUUUCAAAGUGAUGCAAUGAUUUCUAAGAGAUUUCAAUAUUAAAAUGAUUAUCACACAUAUAAGUAAGGAAUGACAUGUUCCAUGUUUUGCUCUAACAAUACAGCUAAUGCCGUAUGAUAUAAAGCUGUAGGCUUAUAACUCUGAUAGGUCUCUGUGAGCCUGGAAAGGUCUGAGGCCCUGUGAGCAUACAGAGGUCGGGUAAACGAUCCCUAUAAAACUGGCCAAUUGUUCAAACUAUUUUUACACAAAUAAAACAAUUGUAAUACAACCGUAUUAUCUAUUUACACUUAAUUUCGCGAUGAGACAUUGUGAGUGAGACAUGUUGAGUGAAUAGCUUUGCACGUAAACUGAGUUAAUAGAUGUGAAUAUUGUUUUUUUUAAUUUUAUUUUGGUGCAUUUUGAAAUUAAAAAAAAAAAAUCUUUUUUUUUAAAAGUAACAUUUCUUUGAAUCCAACUCAAUCACUUAAACAUGUGUUGAUGAUUGUAACAUGUGUUGAUGAUUGUAACAUGUGUCGAUGAUUGUAACAUGUGUCGAUGAUUGUGUUUCAGUGCAAGCACUGUGGUAAAGCCUUUGCCUCCCACGCCGCCCAUGACAGUCACGUGAGAAGGACUCACGCCAAAGAGAGACCGUGUUCUUGUAAUAUAUGCGGGAAAAGUUUUCAGCAAUCCUACGAGCUCAAGUUCCAUAUGGGCUCUCAUAUGGCGCAAUAG